UUUGAAAAAAAAAAAAAAAAACUUUACCCUUUUUAAACGUCUAAACCGUUUGAGUAACGGCAUAGUUCUUCUCUUUUUUCAGCACUAAAAUUUCGAGAAAAUUUUCCAGGGAAAUCAUUCACCCCUCUAAGGAGGAAAAGAAAAAGGCCAUAAAAAGAAUAACAAGUUGAUUCAGCUCAACCAUUUCCCCGGAAAAUUAAAAUUUUCAGCUCAGCCUCAUUCAUAUGUUGCUAAGGCUGUUCUAAUUGGUCAACUUUGGGAGCAUGUUACUACUGAUAUAUAUCAUUUUUCUAUUACCAUAAGGAAAUGGGUUAUUGGUUUUUGUGUGGAAAAGCUAAAGUCUUUGGUUUUUCGUGUGGAUUGAGGAAGGGAUUUAGCUACCAGCAGAGUUUCAGUCUAGUUAAUGUUAAGUUGAAAUGGGUUAAAGAUAAAACCUUAGAUGCUGUUGUUGUUGGUGAAAGAGAUCUAAGAGCAGCCUGCAAUCUUGUUUCCAUCCUUUCCUCUGCUCCAAAUUGUUGUCUCCCCAUUUACCAAUUGUCCCGGCAUCGCGGCCAACUUGGUCUGCCCCAUGAUCUUAAGCUAUCCACAUUUAUCAGGAGAUACCCUACCAUUUUUGAUGAAUCUUAUGUGUUUGAUAGCGCUGGCACUCGUGUUCCUUGCUUUGAGAUGACCCCUGAAGCCUUAAAUCUUUACCAUGAUAAACUUGGUGUUAUCCGGGAGGGCAUGAUGGAUUUGCUUGACAGGCUCCGCAAAUUGCUGAUGCUUACCAAGGAUAGAACCCUUCCUUUACAAACUGUUGAUCAGCUGAAAUGGGAUUUGGGAUUGCCUUAUAAUUAUGCUGAUUCCUUGAUUCCACAUUACCCUGAUUUAUUUUGUUUGGUUCGCCUAGCUGAUGAUCGCAUUGGCUUAAAACUUUUAUCAUGGGAUGAUACACUUGCUGUCUCCCAAUUAGAGAAGAAUGCUGUGAUGCAAACAGAAGAAGAUUUGAAAAAUAACUGUUUAGCCUUCCCAAUAGGAUUUACAAGGGGUUUUGGAUUGAAGAGAAAGUGUAUGGAAUGGUUGAAAGAAUGGCAGAAACUACCAUAUACUUCACCUUAUGCUGAUGCCUCUCAUUUGGAUCCACGUACUGAUGUUUCAGAGAAGAGAAUCGUGGGUGUCUUUCAUGAGCUUCUUCACCUUACCAUACAGAAGAAAACUCAACGUCAGAAUGUGAGUAAUCUACGCAAACCGUUGUCACUACCUCAGAAGUUUACUAAGGUGUUUGAGCGCCAUCCUGGCAUCUUUUAUAUUUCCAAGAUAUCUGCUACUCAAACUGUUGUUCUCAGGGAAGCCUAUGAUUGUCAACGACUUAUUCAGAGUCACCCCCUUGUUGAUGUCAGGGAAAGAUUUGGAAGCUUGAUGAGAAAAGGAUUUUUGGACAGAAGCAGGGGCUUGUACAAGAAAACUGCCUAUGUAGAUGUGGAGGACUCAUCAAAGAUCGUUCGUGGUCAUAAAGCUGGUGGCAAUGGUCUUGAUUCUGAAGUAGAGUCAGGUUAUGAUUUAUUUUCCGAAUAUGAUUCUGAUGACUCAAUUCAUUGCCCUUCAUGAAUUCCUUCUGAGGAAAUCGUUGGACCUGGUAUUAAGAAGAAAUGUCCAUGAUUUAACUGGAAUGGCUGCUUUUGAAAGGCUUGAAUAUUUACCCGCUUUUAGCGUGUAUAUGCAUUAGCUUGAACUACAACAGAUGCUUCAGAAACAGGAACACUUCCCAAUCUGUCGUCACCUAUCCUUCAUUUUUUGAUCUGAUACGCCAUCCCUAGUCCCUUACCUCCUUUGAUUUUCCAGCUUUUUUACCCCUUUUUUUAUACUGAAUCAAAGCUCCCCACUUUUUCUCCACCGUGAAGAUUGGCAAGUUUGGCUCUGAAAUUUUUGGUAGGAAGGAAACCAAUAAAACCCAUAUUAAAGCUCUUCUAAAUCCAAUGAUAUAUUUAUUGUACCAUAUCUCCAACAAAGCUUUCAUUACUUUAUAGUUUUCAAUUGUGAGAUACAAAAAAUCCCCAAACCAAUUUGAUGUAAUAAAUAAAAAUAAUUAAAGAAAAGGGUUUAGGGUUUACAAUUAUUGGAUUUAAAAGUUGGGAAAAAAAAACAAAGAUGAGGUAGUGCUAGCAUUAUGUAAAUUUAAAACUCU